CUUUUUGGUGUUAUCUUUGUACAUUUAGUGAAUGGGUUUUAAGUGUGUAAUUUCACGCUUAAGGUUUCUGGAAACCAGCGUUUUAUGAGUUAAUACGCUCGCUGCUGUAACCUUGCGGCGUCUUUAGCAAAAAACAAAAGUAAAUGAUGUCUUUUCUGUGUAAAAGUCUCUGCGCUGCACCAGUCAAGGUCCUAACGGGCACCACGCUAGGACCGUCUCCUUGGUUCUACUCCAUUCGCAGCAAAUUCGUUAAAGCCAGAAUCCCAAAAGAGAUUUUUACUGAAAGAGCAAAAGAACAUGAGCGGUUCGGUGGAGAUCCAAACCAAGUACACAAACUGCACAUAGUGAUGCGUGUUAAAUGUGUGAUAGGACGACCAUACUGGGAAAAAGAAAUGGUGAAACACUUCGGUCUGGAAAAAGCACGGACGCCUGUAAUCCAUAAGAACAUACCCUCAGUCAACAGCCAGCUAAAAUUUAUCAAGCACCUUGUGCAUAUCCAGCCACUAAAGACGCCAUAUGGCCUCCCCACUGAACAGGACAUGGCCGACAGCUACAUCAACAGUAAAGGAGAGCUGAUAAUACGUCGCCUCAUCCAGCCCAUUGAACCCAAAGCCAUCGAGUCGUAGUUCUGCGGUCGCAUCAGCGCUUCAUUUCUGCACAGUG